AGUACGGCACAGUUUACGAGAGAGCGCGUGGGAUACCCAUACUUUUGGCUUUAGGUGAAAAAUGAGAGGCUAAUAAUGGGGAUAUAAUUAAUGAGGAAGUGAAACGUUAUAUUCGAUUUGACAUUGUAUUCUACUGCGUCUUCUUCUGAUACUGUGCAUGUGCAGUGAUAAUCCAUAAUGGUAGACACCAGAGUUCCACUGCUCCUCAGUCCUCCCUUCCUUUUUGGCUUUGGCCCUUUUAUCUAUUUUUAUAUUUUUAGUUUCUAUAAUAGAGAAAGAAACAGCUUUGGGUCACAUCGUAGGGAGACUCAGUGAAUGCAGCUCCUCUGUAGUCUGUAAUGCCACUCGUUAGCCGUUACCCUUUAGAGAGAGACCUAGCCAGUGAGUCUACCAUGCCCAACUGCAACAGGGUCAGACCCUGAUCCUAUGAAUUAUUAUAUAGCUCCAUAGCCUCCAAAAUAUUUUGGACUUUAGGUAUUUGUAAAUAUGCCUAUAAGGUAUAAAUUAAAACAGAGUUGAGAGGGGAAAAUCAUAGAGUAAAGAGGCGGGGGCCCAGUCCCCCAGUAAGCUCAAAGGUAGAAGGGGGGAGAGAGGGUAGUGACAGGGACACGCUGUUUCUGGGACGGGACUUGACGACACCACUACUGUCCAAGACUCCAAGCUCAACCUCCGAGGUUUUGUAAUUGUCUUUUCGUUUUCUAUUUAUUAUCCAAUUCCUACAUUAAAUUCUCUCUCAUUACUACUAUUCUUUAUUGGAACAAAUUUUCGGAAGAUUCUAUGCUAUUUGGUAACGUCCAACCUUCAAUAAAUCCGAAAUUUUAAUAUAAUAAUUACGUUUAUAAAAUAACGUCAUCAAAUCAUAUUAUGUAUGUGACUCGAUUGAUCUCGCUUGUUUAAUAUCUAUAUCUAUGAUAACACAUUCCACACAUCUAUUGCAAAUCUUAUCAUGUGGUUUGGGUCAUUUCAACCCGUGUAUUGGAGUCUAUCAAAGAUAUGCAGGGAAAUUGUGAGAGAAGAUAAUAUUCCGAUAUAUACGCAUACCAUAUGUUGGCUAUUAGUUAAGCCACUUAAGCGUUUGGAGGGAUUCUGAAAGAUUUGGAUAUAAAUUUGGAGACUGCCCAGUGAUGCACCGGACGAGCCCACGCUUUUGUACGCCCUCACCUUUGUGUGAAAAUGAGUAAGGGACGUAUCCAUUGUCCUUAUGGGUAGCUCCAUACUUACUGCCAAACAAAAAAUGGAAGCUCCACCGGCCGGUGGGACUUCUUUAUUUCUGCCGAUAGAGAUGUUGACCUUUAACUUAGACAAUCACGUGAGAAUAGUGAAGAUCCUCUUGUAUGCCUUUUGUCGAACACUUCACAAUCACCUCUUCUUCUGAGUUUACCCCAGGCGGAGAGAUUGGCACUUACAAUUACCCUUUCCUCAUAUCUCAUAGUACUUUAUUGUCAAACGAUGAGAACAUUAUUGUUCUAUUCGCAAGAAUAUAACAUUAUUAAACUUAUUGCAUUCAAAUGUAUAUCCAAAUUUGAUUCGCUUUCUUCUGUAAAUAAAGGAUCUUGGUUGGAGGGGAAAUAAUUUCUACUGGGUCCGUUGUUGAUAAAGCAAGUGUGGAAGAAAAAUUCCACUAAAUAAGUCUCUUUAGUGAGACAUUAUAAAAGGGUUAAAGUUGCCAUACUCAUUCACCUAAGCUACUUUUUUUUAUACCCUAAUCAUUUCACUUCAUCCACCAGCUUGGUCGGAAUGUAAUCUUUUUUGAAAUCUCCAUGGAAUUGCUAUUUUCACAUCUUAAUCUGCUGCAGUCACUCAGUGGUGAAAUCAUGGCAACAUUGAUGGGUGGGUAUAUGUAUGAACAUUUCAAUAGUUUGACUACUCAUAUAUAUAUAUAUAAAAAAUUUCUCAAACUCAAAAGGAAGCUCACAUGAGUGAAGAAAAUUUAAAAGGUUAAGUAGCAUUUCAUCAUAGCUGGUGGGAUUUCAUCAUAGCAAACAUGUGGACGACAUCGCUUUUAGAAAGAAGAACAAAAGUAUGCCAUUGAUCAUCUGGGAAAAAGAGAUAGACUAUCAUAAGAUAAGACUUUAUAUAAAGCCCGCCACUAAACUUUCACAUUAACCCUUAGCCAUUUAUUCUUGACGUGGAUGGCUACUAAGACACUGAUCAUACCUUCUGGGUUACACUCAUAAUUCUUUACAUUGAGGGAAAUGAUAUAGCUUCAAAAGUUCUGCUACAACAGCAUAUUUUACCAGGAAAAAGGAAUAUUUUUCCAGUUGUAUUAUUUCAAUACAAAGCGAGCUUAGCUUAGCCGAUCUUCUUUCAUAUUUAAGCAAUAAGAGGUUACAUGUAGUGUAUCUGAGAAGGAAGGGAGAAAAGUCCACUUUUCAAUCAUAAAAGGGUUGUUGUCUAACAUAACGAAACUGAAAAAGAAUGGAAGAGAGGUAGGGGUAGAGCCCUAUGGAUCAGUGGUAAAAAUCUGGCACUAUUAAAUACACAGACGUGAACGUUCUAGGAUACAGAGCUGGCGAAAAGCUUAGUGAGGUUGGUUGCAAAGCUUAUCUGAUUAUGUGGCUUUUUUUAUGUCUCAAUUGGGGUCAGGGCUAGCAAAGUCAAAAUGGGAAGAGCAGUGUCACCCUGACCCCACCCUUGACCUCUCUCUCCCUCCGUUAACUACCAUUUUCACGAGCAUCCAAAGAUAUUCUGCAUUUGAACCUUUCGAGGUUUGUCCCUCUCGCUGUAUUCCUUUCGCUCUCUGUCCUGUGUGGUAAAGAUAAAAGGGGGGUGUUGGAUUCGUUAAAGUUUUCAAGUUUCAACCUCCAACAAGAACAAAGAGAAGCUAGCUAGCACAGAAGAAUAUGGACAUUCGAGCGAGGAGAUCAAGCAGAGAAAUCAGUCCAGACAGGGCCAAAGUGUGUUUGCAGCCCAGAGCCAAACCCUUCAGGAAAGUUCAAGUUGUGUAUUACCUCUCCAGAAAUGGACAGCUUGAGCAUCCCCACUAUAUGGAGGUCACCCACUUGGCCAAUCAGCAGCUUCGUUUGAAAGAUGUGAUGGAACGGCUCACUGUUCUCCGAGGUAAAGGCAUGCCUUCUCUCUAUUCCUGGUCUUGCAAAAGGAGCUACAAGAACGGGUAUGUGUGGAAUGACUUAGCAGAGAACGACAUCAUCUACCCGGCAGAAGGAGCUGAGUACGUACUAAAAGGCUCUGAACUGAUUGAAGGCUGUACAGACAAAUUCCAGCAGCUUCAUGUGAGCAACAGAGUGCAGCACAUUCCGGAAUCUAACUUCCACCCUAAACGCAUUCCACUCCCCCGGCGGAGCCGACACAGAGAGCCAGUAGAAGUGGAGAACAUGAGAGAUGAAGAGCACGAUUACCAGGAAGAAGAGGAGGAGGAAGAUGAAGAGAAGACAAGCUACACCAGCUCCAACACCUCCCGCUCGCGCUGCUCAAGAGGAGUCUCUACCGACGAAAUUGAAGCAACCCAGAAAAACUCCAACCCUACUGAGUUAACGCUAGAGGACGGGUCACCCCCAUCCACAUCCUCCACAGUCUCUGACAAAGCAAACGAGAGCAACUCCAAUUCUAAACGAUUUGAAGACGGCGACCCAGUUGACUCCGUCUUUGCUGAGCCAGUACUAAGUCGCAACUCGGUUCUGCUCCAGCUCAUUGCAUGCGGUAGCAUGGUCUCUGGUAAACCGAAGAAUGGUACGAGUCUGAAGCGAAGCUCAGCAAACAUUCCUGUGAAGAACACCAAUCUCCAUAAAGGGGUUCUCUGCAAAACUGCGGCGAAGGUGGCGGAAGAAGACAUGAUCAAUUACAUUUCAGAGAACCCACGAUUUGGAAACCUUCAAUCGGAAGAGAAGGAGUACUUCAGUGGGAGUAUCGUCGAGUCCAUGACCGAGGACCGAGUUUCCAUCCAGCCAGUGCUCAAGAAAUCAUCUUCUUACAACGAAGAAAGGAGCUCCAAGGCUGGGUUGGGAGAGGCAGUGGAGGAGGUGGAAGAGAAGAAAGAGAAGACAGUGAAAGGGAAAUGCAUUCCCAGAAAGAAAUUUUCUGGUACUUGUUCUUCGAAACAAAGCAAAAAAUGAGAAGGGUGUCCCACUAAAUGGAGCCGUUGGAGCAGUAAUUAGAGGGAUUCUAUCUCAUUAGGAUGUUUAUUUAUAGUUUGACCGUGAUGAUGAUGAUGGGUGUUGUGAUGUGGAAAGUUGGAAAAAAAAAAAAAAAGUGGUAAAAUCUUGUGAUGUUGAAAUUGGAAGAAUGGUGUGAUUCUCUUUGUCCUCUGUUUGAGACUUUAGUUUCAGAAAUCAUAUGAGGAAUCACUACUAUUUGUCUCUCA